UUGCCCGCCAAUAGCAUUGAGUUACGUCCCCCUGUUGAGGAGAUUGAAGAAGUGUACAAUUUUGUAUUAAUAAAUGUGACUAAAUGAUAAAAGUUUUGCGUAAUUAUUUUAUAGACAUUUCGGGUCAUUAUUAGGAUAUAAGUGCUGGCAAAAUUUUGUGACGCAUAUUACACAGCGAACGGUACUAGAUGUACUGUCACUGCACAAUCGUUUUCGAAUGAAAAUAUUUUUACUUCGUGGCAUCAAUGAGUAUGAAAACAUGUGUCGAAAUAGCAAAACAUUAUCGAAGUCUUCCAGACCACCAUGUGCAAGAAUUAUGGAACCAGAUAUACAAGAAGAGUGUAAGAGGUGAAAUUUUAAGGGACAUUUUGAUGUUUUAUUUCUUACAUAAAGUAUUUUCACCACCGCCACAGAAAUCAUAUGAUGUCCUUAUUACAUUUUCUACAAAAGAUGUAUCUAAGAAGAUGAAAACUGUGAUUUUCCAAAUCUUAGAAGAGAUUUGCCCAUGUUUAGAAAGCAGUAUUGUGGAAACAUUAUCUUUUUCUGCAAAUAACAGUACAGCAGUGGAGUUGCUGAAUUGUAUCCUUGUAGGUGGAUUUGUUCCUCUUUUGGAUGAAUCUGCAAUGGAAAGACUAUUUAGCCUUUUGUCAGGACAGGCCCUGACUUCUGAAGAAAAUGGAAAGUUGCUGUUAUAUCUGUGUGAAGUUGUUGCCAGGCAUCAAUCAACCAUGCCUCAAACCUAUGUGACAAGGCUUAAUCAACAGAUCAUUGAUUGGAUCCAGAACACACAGUUCUCUCUUGUGACAUGUUCACAAUAUUUCAAUCGUUUGGACACAGGACCUGUAUCUGAAGUUGAUGGGAGCACAGCAGGAGAGUUCUUUACUGCAUUAACACUUUCUGGUAGUUUCAGUAAAUCACAAAUUAUGAAUGUUCAUACUUUUUCUCUGUUAAGAAAGUGGUUGGAACAAACUAUGCCUGAUUCUGGCUAUGAAACACAGCCUCUGUUUGGAGCAGUGCGAGAGUAUUGUAAUAUUCUUGUGGAACAGUGCUUCAGGCCUGCACACAAGCAGCAUGACAUUGCUCUUCAGAAGGCUAUACUGUGUGAAAUUGUAGAUAUCCUGAAUCAGAUGGUUCAGUUAGAUCCAAAUCAAGGCUCACAAAUAUCACAGGUUGUUAAGAGGAUACAGACAAAUGUGACUGAAAAAUUUAAGUCUGAUCAUCGUGAUAUUUCCAUUUUUGUGAGGGUUCUCCAUUUCCUUCUCAAUUUUGGUGCUCUUACUGGGUACAAUCCGCAACAUUUCUGCACCCAGUUCUUGGGAGACGUAGUAUAUCGUAGCUAUUCAUCUGAGUUGGCAGCUUUUGACAUUGCCAACUUCAUUUUGGAAAAUCAAGUGAAAAUGGCAGGAUUGCAGCAACAGCUUAUCCAGAAGUAUUUUCCAAAUUUGUUGAAACUUGUCGCAUGCCACCCUGCUAGUCUUGUUGAAGAAUUUAUGGAAUUGGUCCCAACUUUUGUGGUUCCAGCCACCGCAGUGGAGGUGUUCCACAGUCUGAUUGACCUGCCAGUUCUGUCAGCCACACUUUGUCUACACCAGGCACCAGCUGUUUUAAAACUUGAUCAGAAGACAGAUCCAACUGGUCCACAGUGGAUCUCAUUGCUGGAGAAGGUUCACACACCAGCCUUCCUUCCCUUGUUCAGUUUCAUGCUGAGAAUGGAGAGUGGCAAAGGAGAUAUGUUUCACAGAAUUGGAUCCUAUCUCGACAUUUUGGGUGAGCUAUCGUGUUACCCGUUGGUCAUCACUUGCAGUCAGGUAGUUCCUCUGUUGCUUGAUGCGUUCUUUGCUGAGGUGCAGUCCAAGGCUGAGCCUCAAGUUCUUGAGGCCCUUGUACCAGCCAUGUUAGUGAGACUGAAAGCUGUGUAUAAAGUACCUGGGUAUGAGGAGGCAGUUUGUAGGGCUAUCAUGCAGCAUCUGAGGGUAAUCCUGAAAUUAUGUCCUGAAUUGGUAUUCACUGUGCAGAAAGACUUACUCGAGUUUAUCUCUGUACUGGACAACAGCCACAAAUUUCCACAAUUGUACAUGCAUCUGGUGUGGGCAGUUGGUGAAUAUGCAUCUCCAAAUUACAGCAAACUGUGUAGCCAUGAAUUGCUGGUGAAAUAUUGUGAAGCACUCGAAUGUGCUGUUUAUGAAACUCUGGCAGUCAUCUCUGGUCAAGAAAAAUAUUUACCUAUGAAACUUCUCAAUAUCACAAGUUCUUCAUUGGCAAAGUUGGCAAGUCGAUGUGAGGACCUGAUCCCCAGAGUCCUCCUUUGCUUAAGGAAAGUUGGUACACAAGUAACCACAGGACUACCAACUGCAAGUAUAUCUGACAAGAGGAUUGUUUACGACCGAAUACAAGAAUUAGUGUGUCUUCUCAACAAUCCAAAAUCUGGAAUUGUUUCAGCAUUGCUUCCAUCGUCCUGUCAUCAGCACACACCAGCGAUCCAGCCAUGACAGCUGUCAUGAGGGUGUUGUCUCAGUUUGCUGAUUCCUGAAGAGUGAAGGGAAAAAUAAUUGUUCACUCGUUUCACUUGAAACUUUUACUUAUCAUAUGCUGCAAUGGAUAGUGGCAUCUCUUUACCCAGAGGUGAAGCAAGUGGGCUGUUAAGCUAACCUCUUGUCUCCAUCUAGUGCUAUGUAUAAGAAGGUGUGGAGCCAUACUUUCACUCCCCACCAUGUCUUAGUGACAUGAUGCUUAAUUAAGCCUAUGUAGAGUGAGUGUGCUUCACUUGGCUUUUCACAUGUACGAGGGGGGACCCAAAAAUAACCGGAAACGGCCUGUUGC